UUUUCCUGCCAGACACCUCCAGGAUUAGAGCAUGAGCUCUGCGGCUGAAACUUCACAUCCUUUCAGUAGCCUGAGUUGCUCCUUCACAUGCAGUUAGCCACCCUGAGCCAAAAAAACCCCGCAAACUGUGCAUUUUGGAGAGUGCCCCGUGAAGCAUGGGGGCGUGUCCCCAGGGAGUGUGUCAGCACUAGGUGGCACAAGGACACGGGGAUACCAUCACCAAAAAAGUGUCCCUGUGGGUGGGGCACAGCUCCGGGCGCACAGAUCCCACCUGGAGCUGCCGCAGGGACAGUUCCCUUCUGUUCCUGCCCUGGGCGAGGAGGUGACUCGGCAGCCCAGGUGGGGACACGGGGUGUGACAGCAGGAGGAGGAGGAGGGGGAUUCCAGCUCUGCACAUCCCAGGGGAAGAGCCCUGGGAAGCUGUUGUUUCCCGAGAGAGGCAGAGUCCCCUGGGCUGGGCUGCGCUGGGAUGGGGAGGGACUGUCACUGCCUGGGUGUGACAGUCGGGUGAUCCCACAGCCAGGAGCUGUCCCUGGCUCAGGAUGGCUGCAGAGCCCUCGCCAGCUGCCCCUGCUGUCCCGGGAGACGGCACAUCCUCCCCCUGGCACAGGGAAACUCCCCCAAACCCUCUCAGCUUUCCAGUGCCACCUCUGCCCCCUGGCAUUUGAUGUCACAGCGAGUCCAGCCGGUCACCUGAGCUCCCUCCUCCCCAUCCUGCCGUUUCUCUUUCCCUUCCCUGUGGCUUUGUGCCGUUUUUCCCCCUCUGCGAGCUGAUGUCUUUCUUUUCCCACUUCCGUAGCUACGAACACCCACAUGCCUUAUCUCCUUCCCCCAUCCCAUCCUGAAGCCUAUUUAUACAGAGCCUGGCUCCUGCCCAGCCUGCCAGCGACGCCGCAGGAGCGGUGCACGGGGAUGUUUCCUGCUCUGCCUGCUCCCGUCCAUCCUCAGAGCCCGGGCUAGCCCCGAGACCAGGCCCAGCUCCCCCCUGUGCCAGCAGAGCCCCACGAAGGUGUCUUGCAAAGGAGUCGGCCUGCAGAAAUUUCCCAAGGAGCUUGGCAAAGGAAUUAAGUACCUUGAACUCUCCAACAACUUCAUCCAAAACCUGUCAGGCAGCAACAUGCCAGGAUUUGGGCAGCUGGAGUACCUGGAUGUGUGCUUCAACCAGCUGGAAUCCGUGUCAGCCGCCGCCCUGGCUGAGCUGCCUCAGCUGCGCUCGCUGCUCCUGGGCUCAAACCACCUGGACCGGAAUUACUUGGCUAACGGGGAAGCUUUCCAUCUGCUCAGGAAUAUAGAGGUCCUGGACCUGUCUGUGAAUAACCUGGAGAGCCACAUGGCCAGCUGGUACAUCAGCAACCUCACCAGCCUGAGGGUGCUGGAUCUCUCUGGGAACAUGAUGACCAAGCUGCAGGCAGGGACCUUCCGGAGCUCACCGCAGCUGCGCCAGCUCGACCUCAGCCACAACUACAUCAGGGAGAUCCAGGAGGGAACUUUUGAGCCUCUGGAAGAGCUGGAAGUGCUGAACUUGGCUUUGAAUUCCCUCCACUGUAUCUCUGGCUUCAGCCUCACACAGCUGCAAGUUUUAAACCUCAGCCACAACACCCUGGAGCUCUUCUCCGAGGAGGAGGGAGCGGAGCCCUACCUGCUCCGAGUGCUCGACUUGAGCCAUAACAGACUCCUCUCUUUCCCAGAGCUCCCCAGAGCCCAUGAUCUCACACACUUAAACCUCUCCAACAACCUCAUUUCUUCCCUGCUCCCAGGCUCACCCCAUCCCUGGGAGUUUGUCCUGCCCUACAAGGAGAUGCAGAGGUUCAACAGGACUGUGCGUCCUGUGGCCGCUCUGACACACGUGGCUGACCUGGAUCUCAGCAAUAACCGCCUGAAGCUGUUCCCAUUUUCCUUCUUCCACAGCCUGGGCUCCCUGCACAGCCUCAGCCUGGCAAGGAACUGCCUCCAGGACGUGGCUAGGGAGUCUGUCACCAAUGGCACGGAGCUGUCUGUGCGCUCGCUGGACCUCCACAGCAACGCGCUCCGUGUGCUGCCACGCUGGUUCUUCGAUUCCCUGCCUCACCUGGAAUCCAUGAAUCUGGGCUCCAACAGCUUCCAGCCUUGUGAGAGCCAGGGGAGUGACCAGGGAAGGGAUUUCCAAGGGGAUUCUCACACGUCAGCCCCCGGAGACACCUGCACCCCCUUCUACAACGUGCCUCACUUGAAGCACCUGAGCCUGUCCAAGAACAACAUCUCCAGGCUGCACCCCCAUGCCUUCAGUGGGACCCCACUGCUCUCCCUGGACCUGUCAGCAAACAGGGACUUGUCCAUGCCCACGGGAGCGCUGGCAGGGCUGGAGCUGUCCCUGCAGGAGCUCUCUCUGAGGGACAACCAGAUGGACGAGGCAGCGCUGCCCUGCCUGGGCACGCUCCGAGUGCUGGACCUGUCGGGCAACCACCUGAGCCUGCUGCCCACGGGGCUUUCCUGCUCCCCUCUGCAGAGCCUGGACGUUCGGAAUAACAACCUGCAGGCCUUGGGAGCGGUCAGGAGCUGGUCCCACAGCCUGAGGGCCGUGUCUGUGGCUGGCAACCCCUGGAGCUGCUGCUCGACCCGCGGCUAUAAAAGGGGCAGUGGGGCCGAGUAG